AUUGAAUAUUUCAACAAUCAAAUCAUUGUCGAUCUGGUGGAAGAGCCCCAUAAGGGCAUCAUUGCCAUCCUGGACGAAGCGUGCUUGACCGUGGGGAAAAUCACCGAUGCCCUCUUCCUGGAGAGCAUGGAUGCCAGGCUUGGCAAACACCCCCAUUACACCAGCAGGAAGCUCAAUUCGGCGGACAAGUCCAUGGAGUACGGACGUGAUUUCCGGAUCAAGCAUUACGCAGGAGAUGUUACGUAUUCUGUGGAGGGAUUUCUGGACAAGAACAAGGACACCCUCUUCCAGGACUUCAAGCGACUGAUGUAUAACAGCGCAGACCCCCUCCUCCAGGAGAUGUGGCCUGAGGGCAAACAGAGCAUCACGGAGGUGACCAAGCGCCCCCUGACGGCUGCCACCCUCUUCAAGAACUCCAUCGUGUCCUUGGUGGAGAACCUGGCUUCCAAG